AAAUACCUCGCUUCACUCCCUUCACUGCCAUGCGAUUUUCUGCCUUCAAUUGGUUUGGUUUCUCUGCCAAUUUCUGACUUUUCUUUGCAUUUGCAUUCCAAGCUUCAGACUUCAGUUCAGACAGUUAAAGCUGAUGUCAGUUCCACUCUUCAAGCUUGCUCCUAAUCUCACUGUUUCAAAGCUCUGCUUAGGAACCAUGACUUUUGGGGAGCAGAACACUUUGCCUCAGUCAUUUCGCCUUCUUGAUGAAGCCUUUGAUGCCGGCAUCAACUUCUUUGACUCUGCAGAAAUGUAUCCAGUUCCUCAGCGUGCUGAGACUUGGGGGAGGAGUGAGGAUUAUCUUGGCCGUUGGAUUCGAGAAAGAAAAAUCCCCAGGGAUCGUGUUGUAAUUGCAUCAAAGGUUGCUGGACCAUCUGGGCAGAUGACUUGGAUUAGAGGUGGUCCAAAAUGUUUGGAUGCCAGCAAUAUUAUUGAAGCUAUAGAUAAUAGUUUGUUGCGGAUGCAAGUGGAUUAUAUUGAUCUUUAUCAAAUUCAUUGGCCUGAUCGCUAUGUUCCAAUGUUUGGAGAAACCGAGUAUGACCCAGUCCGACAAUACCCUUCAAUUAGUAUAGACGAACAACUUGAAGCUCUCAGCAGAGCUGUGAAAUCUGGGAAGAUCAGAUACAUUGGUCUUAGUAAUGAAACACCAUAUGGUGUGAUGAAGUUUAUUCAGGUUGCUGAAAAAUUUCCUUCUUUCCCAAAGAUAGUAUCUUUGCAGAACUCAUAUAGCCUGCUAUGUAGAACUUUUGAUUUGGCAAUGGCUGAGUGCUGCCAUCAGGAGAGUAUUAGCUUGUUGGCCUACAGUCCCCUGGCAAUGGGUAUACUUUCAGGGAAAUAUUUUUCCCCUGGUGGUGGUCCAACAGAUGCUCGAUUAAAUCUUUUUAAAGGAAAGUAUUCAGAAGGAGAAUCCAGAUACAACUUAUCCAAUAAUGUUAUAAAGGAAGCUGCUGGGGAAUACCUUAAUAUUGCAAAAACAUAUGGUCUUCAUCCUGUGUCUCUUGCUAUAGCCUUUGUUUUGAGACAUCCUCUUGUUGCUAGUGCCGUUUUUGGUGCUACCAAAUCAUGGCAGCUCCGGGAGGUUCUAAAUGCAUGCAAGAUCGAGCUCGCAUCUGAAGUAAUUGAAGAAAUUAGCAAGAUUCAUUCAAGGUUUCCCAAUCCAUGUCCCUGAUGAAUGCAAAUGAUUGACAAUUUGACAUGGCAUAGAUUGGUUUUAUUAGUUUUUAUUCUAAAUGCAUUCCCAGACCAUAGGCUAUGUUGACAUGGCAUACGUAA